AUGAAUGGAACAACAUACUCAAACUUUGACAAUCAAGAACAUGUUUUGAAAUUAGGCGAAACAUUUGAGAAACAACCCAAAGGUGCUUACCACACGGUGCGAUGUAAGUGGCAUUUUGAUCAUACUUGCUAGCUAGCUCUUGCUAACGUAUGCCAAUGGAUAGGUAGCUAGCUAAACCCCCAAAAUAUUAGUUUUAAAUGAAAUAGUUUUUCUAAGUCGCUGUCGCUUUAUUAACAGUGAUCCACCUAGAGUCCUUAGUUUAAACACAUCACAUUUUCGUACUUUUGAUUGCACCUUUGGCUAGCAACACUUGCUUCUGGUAUGCAGUUUGUUAGCAACAAUAGUGGCCUUGUGGCAUCAUCUGUUGGUGAACAGUGGUAACUGAAACUUCAUUCUGUCAGAAUUAACCAAACCAAGGAUGUUUUUGUGUGGAGCCUACAGUCUGCCUUUAUAAUUUUGCUGUGUAAUUCAGUAGUUUGGAAUUUAUACUGUUCUCUUAUCUCUUUGAUCCAGAUGACUUCAAACCAGCCUCCAUUGACACCGCCUGUGAGGGAGAGCUGGAGGUCGGAAAAGGAGAACAAGUUACCAUAACACUGCCCAACCUGGAGGUAAGAAUGUAGCAUUAUCAUGUAUCUUACAGUUGAUUACUGAAAAGUGCACAUAUUUAUUGUUUCCCCCCCCCUUUUACUCUUGAUAUCCAGAAAUUAACGUAUUUCCUUGAUUUUCCCCAGGGAUCCACUGCCCCUGUAACAGUCUUCAAAGGAUCCAAGAGGCCUUAUAUGAAGGAAUGUAUUCUCAUUGUAAACCAUGAUACAGGAGAGUACCGUCUGGAGAAACUCAACAGCAACAUUGCAGUCAAGAAGACCAGGUGGGUGGACAGACAAGGGUCGACUCGUGUUUAUUUGGGCACACUGUAGCAAAACAUUUGUGCAAUGGAAAAUUAUAAUUUCUUAAUGGACAGUAACUCCCCAUUUUGAACAGCUUCCUUCUGUUUCCCUGGUUACCUGUGCUGUCCAGAUUCACUUGUCAUUCUGAUUUGUGUUACUUAUGUAGUUAGGAGCUAUAAACUCAGUUGUGUGUGUAUGUUGUCAGGGCUGAAGGCAGCAGUAAGAUCCAGUCUCGUAUAGAGCAGCAGACCAGUCGUCUGAGCCAGCAGAUGAAGACUAGUGUUGGCAGCAGUAGCAAGACCCCAGCAGGCUCCAAGAGCUCUCCUCCCAAAGAGAAGAUGUCCCCUGCCUCCCCCAUGGAUGACAUUGAGAGAGGUAUGUAGACCAUCAGUAACGCACAGGGCUCUAAAUUAAAAACUUUAUUUGGUAGCACUGGUGCUCACAACUAGAGUGCUGCAUUCCCGCGGGACCUGCGGGUCCCGACAGAGAUCAUUGCGGCGCGGUCGGCCCUUUCAUGCUGCGGUUGGGAGCGGGCGGUCAGACUGACUACUCUGGGAUGAAAACAUUUUGUUGUCCCGCUGAUUAUUUAUUUAUUUAUUUAUAGGACCUAUUGUAUUAAAAGCACAUCUUUAUCGCAUUAUUCACACACAGGUAGCUGCUUCAAGUUUCGUAGCCUACCUCUGCUCUCCUAGUUGGGCGUGCGAGAUCAAGUGCCUAGUAUACAGUAUGUGUGGUCUCAAUGAAAUAGUGUAGGCUGCCUAUGCAUGGGCGGCAGUUAUCUUUCCAAGGAAAUUAAAUAUGAUUAGACUAUAGUUUACUACAGUGUCAGUAGGCCUAAAUAAAGAUUGAUAAUGGAAAAGUGGAGGGCGCUCAACCAACGUGAGUCGAGGCACAAUCAAAAAAUUAGAUCGUCAUUGAAAAGGUGCAAUGUGUGCGUAAGUUACCAUGGUGUGAGCGAGCGUUGUGCCUUUUCAUUUUCAAAAAAUAUUGAUUACCUAUUUAUUUGUCUCUGCCUGCAAAUCAUCCUCCUAAAAGGUUGGCUAUAUUCUAUAUGCAAAACGUAUCUCAACAGAAAGUGCAAGUGUAACUGUCAUCAUUCUUGUUGCUUCAUGUUCAGUAGCCAUAUGUGUGAAAUCAGGUGUGCGUGUGGUCUCCAUUAAAUAGAGUAGGACAGAGAAGCACAGGGCAGUUAUCUUUCCAAGGAAAUGUACUUCCUAAAUAUGAUUAGGCUAUAGUUUACUACAUUGCCUCAAAAUAAAUAUUGAUCACCCAUAUUUGUCUCAGUCUGAAAAUCGUCCCUCUCCUAAAAGGUAGGCUAUAAAACGUAGCUCAAGAGAAAGUGCAAGUCUCUCCAACUCUGCUCUCUCCAAACUACGUCUAGCCUAUUGGCUGAUCUAGCCCAAUAAUACAGAUAGCCUAAUAUAAUGGGCCACGUGUAAUCUCUGGUAAUUUAACGUAUUUUUUGGGUUAUUUUUGCACAUUUUGAUAUGGCCUAUAGGGCGCAUAACUGCUGAGACCAUGGCUAGCAAGUGAGCUGCGUCUAAUAUGCCUAAAAUAACAUUGCGGGACUGCGGUUGGGUUCGGGACAAGUUCUUGCGGUAGGAGAUGGGAGUUGGACAGAAAGCUUGCGGGCGGGAACGAGAUGAAUAAAUCAUUCCUGCGCAGACCUCUACUCCCAACUUAAUGUUAGGAGCACCACAUGAAAUUUAGGAACACCAGAAAAUAAGAUUUUUUGUAAAAAUUGAUUGAGAUACAGCCUAUAUUGGGCUUAUAUUAAAUCUGGCAACUGUUGAAGUGCGUUGUGCCCUAGAAACUAAUAUGUAACACUGUAAAGAAAUUAGUUUAUUAUAAAAGCUAAAAUUCACUAUUUUCCUAUUGAGAUGCAUUACAUUGAAAAUUGUACACUGUCUCUUUAAAAAGGUCAGGUUUGUGAUGAAGACAUGCAAGAGAUCAGUCAUUCAGUCAUUGCUGUGAUCAUUGAUCUCCUGAAGAAGAUAUCCCUUUCCCUUUCUUUCUGUGCCCCAGAAUGUUUGUAUAAUAUGGGUCGGGUCUUUUGACCUGGUUGGGCUAGAAGCAAGUCGUUUUCGUAGUAGUAAUAAUGCAACCAUAACGCUAUUGAAUCUGCAUUCACUUUUUUCUCCAGGGCAUUUGGAAACAACGGUACAGUGAAGCCUCAUCAUUACAACAAUGAUUAUCUGGGAGACUUUUUUUCCUAGUCGCACAGUGCUCCCAAAAUUAAACUCCUGGUUGCACAGCAAAAUAUUUUGUUGCAUAUGCUAUCAUAUUGGUUGCACUUUAGAGCCCUGGUAGAGUGUCACGUGUAAUAGCUCUCCUUCUCUCAAACCAUCUAGAGUCCAUGGUCAUAUAAAUUGAACAAUUGCUAUGUUUGUAAAUCUUCUGGAAUUGUGUUGUGAUUCAAGGUCAGGGGUAACGUCAGUCACUGUUUUUGUGUCUGUCUGUGUGUCUUCCUGUCUGUGUGCAUGUGUUUGUGUGUCUGUCGUUGGUGUGUGUCUGUGCGCUACAGAGCUAAUGGCGGAGGCAAAGGUCAUGGACCAGAUGAGUAGUGGGGACUCGUCCUCAGACUCCCACAGCUCCUCAUCUUCCAGUAGUGGGGACAGCUCUAGUAGUAGUGGUUCUGAGGACGAGUCCUGCCCCCCCCCUCCCCCCACAGGGCCACCACCCCACCAGGGCAUGCCCAUCCUCACCACCGUUACCACCACCACCACCUCCUCCCCACCCUCACCACCUCGGGGUGGAGGACACCUCAUGAGCACACUA